AUGAGGGAAUAUCUUCUAACGAAAAAACCAUACCAGAAACGGUUAGAGUCACCAAUUAGUAUAUCGGCAAAUCCACCUACGGAUGAUGUCGACAGCGACGCACGUGAUAUCGGGACCGCAGAUAAAAACUGCGAAGCACGUGGUAUUUGUGAUGCACGUGAUAUCAGCGAAGCACGUGGUAUUUGUGAUGCGCGUGAUAUCAGCGAAGCACGUGUAAACUGUGAUAUACGUGGUGUCUGCGAAGCACGUGACAACGGCGAAGCACGUGACAACCAUGAUGCACGUGCUGACGUACAGAAAGUUUGGCGGGCAACACGAAGAAAUAUUCCCAAGGGUGAAGGUCAAAGUUGUCAACAGGAACAUAAAGGAAUUGAAAUACCGAAACAGGAGCAUACAGACGAGAUUAAAGAACAGGAAGAUAAGAAUGACAUAAGAGUGAAGCAGAUGCUCAAAGAGUGCCAAGUAAAGACGGAAGAAAAGGAGCAACAGCCCCAAGGUAAUUUCACCAUAUUGUUAGCAAAGUUCAAAAAUAAAAGUCGAGUUGAACUGAAAGAACUGCGAGAUGAAAUUGAAGAACCAAAAAACGACUCAAAAUUAAAGGAUGAGUAG